GCCUAGACGACUGCUUACAAAAUAUUCAAGAUGGCAGCUCCCAUGAGAAGUCAUGCGAAAUCGUGCGCCAAAACAAUUUUAUUCAAAAGGCAUUUCAACAGGUGCCCAAAAGUAAUAAAACUUCAGCGGAAAUCAGCAUCAACAGAUACUUCUCAAUACUGUAUGGAUUUAGUUCGGAAGAGUGACUAUGAGAGUUUUCUCUCUGCCCUCCUUCUACCUCAGUCAGCCAGGGCCUCAGCGUUUGCCCUCCGAGCCUUCAACGUGGAGACGGCCUCCAUCAACGACAACGUGACAGAGAAGCACAUUGGACUCAUGAGGCUGCAGUUCUGGAAGGACGCCAUUGCCAAAAUUUAUGAGGGAGCACCGCCACAGCAGCCUGUUGCCAUGGAGCUGUCCAGAGUUGUGCACCGGCAUAAACUAUCUAAAAGAUGGCUGACAAGAAUUAUUGAAGCUAGAGCUGAGACGCUUGAUGCCAAGCCCUAUCAGAGUGUGGAGGAGCUAGAAACAUAUGCUGAAAACACAUCCUCCUCCUUACUGUACCUUACAUUGGAGGCUUUGGGAGUAAAAGAUGUGAAUGCAGACCACGCGGCCAGCCAUAUCGGCAAGGCACAGGGUAUCGUCACAUUACUGAGGGCCACGCCGUAUCAUGUCAGCAGGAGACAGAUAUUGUUACCCUUGGAUGUUACAAUUAAGCACAAUGUGUCCCAUGAGGCCAUACUACGAGGGAAUGCAGAGCAACCUGUGAAGGAUGUGAUCUAUGACAUUGCUAGCAUUGCUCAUGUCCACCUAGAGACUGCGCGAUCCUUCAAGGCCAGUGUACCCAGAGAAGCCCUACCUGCCUUCCUGGUCACUGCGGCUGUCGAGGCCUACCUCAGACGACUUCAGAAGGUCAACUUUGACGUCUUCCACAAGAACUGUCUCAAGAAGGAAUCACUACUGCCUCUUCUACUCUGGUUGCAGAACAAAAGGAAAAAGUUUUAGCCAGAGUAAUUUUUAUUUUGCAGAAAUCCAAUUAAUGGAAUACAUAGUUCAUUUGAAUAUUUAUGCAGUGUCCAAUUAGUGUAGAAGUUUAUUAAAUGUUUCUUCUAGAUACUUUCAUCUGGUAGGCAUUAACAGAGGUGUAAAGCUCAAAAUUUAUAAAAACUGUCAGUAUUAUGUUUAUGUAAAUCGUUGCACAGAUAUGCAAAUAAUUUACAGAUUUUAGACUGUAGGUACUGUAGCGAGAAAAUCAUCCCAAUUCCCCUUUUGCACAUAAAAAAAACGUUGUUUUUAUGGAGUUGGGCAAUGUAAAGAAUUCAUUGUGUUGAAAUCCAGUAUUUUUGACAUGAUAAAUAAGGCAAAAUUUCACUAAAAUUGAAAUGUUUAAGUUUAAAAUUAAUCAGGACGAUGUAUUCUUUGUUGAAUAAUUUAUUUAUGGAUUGAUUGGCUCAUUUGAUUACAGUUGUUUUCAAGAAAUAUUAAACUGAACAAUUUGUACUGAAAAAUUUCAAAGAAUUUUGUUUUGGCAGAUUAUGUCAGGAAUUUUGCAAGCUGGCCACUUGGUCAAUCUCAGUGAAAACUUGUGUUCAAAUGCUUAAAAGCAGUCACUCCGAAAUUGUUUGCAUGCUGUUCAACGUGAAAUUGUACUGGUCAAUUUUGAAAAAGGGUGUGCUCCUAAUAUUAAAAUGUGAAACUUUUCUUUAAUGUUU